AACACUGUUCAAUUUUAUAUGAUACCCACGCAAUUUAUAUAGUGUGCGACUAAUUUAUUCCUUAUUAAAAUAUACUACUCAGUCAUAAUACCAACAUAAUGCCAUAUACUUAUUGGAUAUCAUAAAAGAAUUAUAUUUCACUUUGCCUCUACAAAUAAUUUGAUUAUGUUAAAUUUCCAAUUAAUUACAUGAAAGACUCAAAACUAUAGAGUAACAAACCAUAAAAUUUCCAUUUAUCCUACUUUACUCAUUAAACAAUUGGUCAAAUAAGUUAUUAACUCCCCCAAUUCUAUAGGCAAAAAAUUAUUUAUUUCAUAGUGAAUACUUGGCUAUAAGUAUGUCAAUGGAAAAUCUAGUAAUCAAAGCAAAUCACCAAGAGAGCUAAAAACUAGUUUAGAGAAAAAAUAGUUUAAGUUAAAUGGCUAAACACCAAAGUCUCUUCAUUUUGUUCAUCACGUUUGUUGUUUUUUUUCUAGUUGAUGCAUUUGAAAGUAAAGAGGUAGAAGGAAAUUUGGAUGAACAGGUAUGGAAUAAUGCACGUGCUACAUUUUAUGGUGACAUGGGGGGUGGUCAAACGAUGCAGGGAGCUUGUGGUUAUGGAGACACAAUCAAACAAGGGUAUGGCCUAGAAACAACAGCACUAAGCACAGCACUCUUUAACAAAGGAUCUACCUGUGGAGCUUGCUAUCAAAUAAAGUGUGUCAAUGCUCCUAAAGCAUGCCAUCCAGACCAAGUCAUAAUUGUUACUGCCACCAAUUUAUGCCCUCCAAAUUCCAAAAAAACUAAUGACGAUUGGUGCAAUCCACCACAAAAACACUUUGAUCUGACAAUGCCUAUGUUCAUAAAGAUUGCAGAGCAAACAGCAGGGGUUGUACCAGUUGUUUACAGAAGAGUCACUUGCCAGAAAAAAGGAGGUCUCAAGUUUGAGAUCGCCGGGAAUCCCAAUUGGAUUCUUGUUCUUGUUUUCAACGUGGGAGGUGUUGGAGAUGUUGUCAAUGUCAAAAUCAAAGGAUCUAAGACUCAAUGGAUACCAAUGUCGCGGAAUUGGGGACAAAAUUGGCAGGCUAAUGUGCAGUUGGGAGGACAAAGCUUGUCUUUCCAAGUACAAACUAGCGAUGGCAAAUGGGUUCAAUCUGAUAAUGUUGCUCCGGAUAACUGGCAAUAUGGUCAGACAUUUGAAGCCAAGAAUAAUUUUUAAUCAUCAUGUAUUUUCGAAAAUGAGUAGCUUUUAGUUUCUAAUCAAUAUAAUUUAUGAUCUUUUCUCUAA